AAUUACCUUGUUCUGCUGCUAAACCUAUACUGAUUGGGGAACCCUCGUAUACAACUCUGGGGUUGGGAGGUAAGAAAAGGUAAACAAAUGAAAAAUGGCCAUUUCAUGAUAAUAGGCAGAUUAAUACGCAUAAUGUGAACAUGUAGGAUGAGCUGUAGUAUUUAUAUCAUUGUCAGUGAAAGACAUUCAGAACAAUCGACUGAAAGACUGCCUUGGGUAGAAACAGCGCUGAAGGUAGUUUUUUCAGAAAAAAGUUUGAGGUAAGUAAAAUAAUAUCUUAUUCUGUUUCACAAGUUUUGAUUGAGUAUCAUAACACUCUAUGAGUCUGUCACGUGACUUUAUGGAUGACGCCCGGGAUGACGGUUUGGCGAACUUUCCACUUCUGGUUUGCGUCAAAAUGAGAGCAAAUAUUGUAUUGUGUAUUGCUGUAAUAUGGGUACUAGAUGUUGUGGUGGAAGGACAAUCGAGCGUGAUUGUUAAACGAGAGGAGAUAGCAGCAGUGGAAAGCAUAGCCAAAUGUAGGCAGGCGUGUGGCAGGAUGGAAUUCUGCUGUAAAGAGAACAAGGAGGCAAAUGACACCGAUUACACAUGCAUUUCCAUUCCUUUCGUAAAAGCAAUGAGGGAUGUACUAGGGCAAGAAUGUAGAGCAGGUUCCUUGUUGGCCGUUAAGUUACAAAAGAAGGCAAAGAACCAAAGAAUCAAUCUUCCUCCAGGAAUGACAACAACUACAACUACAGCCGCACCAGGGGAAGAGCAUAAAGUGACCUCGUAUCAUACUUGCGCUGACGUAUGUAGCAGGGAGGAGUAUUGUUGCUUCCCCGAUAUGGCUGCGUUGCGGGUGGGUACCGAUUACACAUGUAAGACAAGUGCAGAAGGAAAGCUCUUAGAGAAAAAUGGCCAAGCGUGUUGGCCAGGGUCCCAAGAAGCUGAACGAGGAUGAAUAGAACAAGAACAAGAAUAAUGAGUUUUAAUGUAAAAAAAUGUGAUCAUUGACAUAUUGUUGAUGAAUAAAAUAUAAAAAUAUAUAAUUCUAACUGU